AUGGCUACUUACCUUGUUUUGCAUUUAGUGUCAUACAUUUCCAGAAAGGUGACGACUAGGGCCACACCCAUUUUUACUACGGCCACACCCGCCCGUGUAAGUUGCCUCGAUCAAAGUCGCCGAAGGGGGUUGAAGCAGCAUGGCAGUCGAAAUAGAUCAAUAGAAAGGCAGCACCGGCUGCAGCGCUUGUCUUAUACAUUUCCAAAAAUCUGUAAAUGGUUGGGAGAAAAAUAUGUGACCAUAAUUGUAGAGUCUACUUUUAUCUAUUCUGCAGUUUCCAUUCACGCCAGUGCCGGCCCAGAACUGAAGAAAGCGUGCUUAUUUCUUCACCAGGUGACUAGAAAUGUUGGCUGCCCGAUUGGUGAAGCUAGAAUUAAGAGUUGUUUCCAUGCAAAAAGCGGAUCCAGACUGAAAGUAUCGAAAAUCAUACACACUGAAUUACGGAAGGCAUACAGGAGUUCGAUGGCCCUUGCCGUUCAAAAUGGCGUGAAGUACAUCGCUUUCCCUGCUAUUUCAUGUGGUUUAUAUCAGUACCCACUCGAAAAGGCGUCAGUCGUCGCCUUGAGUGCUGUGAGGGAGGGCUGCGCAGAAGCUGUGGUAAUCCACUUUUUGUCUUUUUUGUGGAAAUUAAAACAAUUUUGGAAAACAGUACCGCAGCAACCGUGUAAAUGGUGA